UGUACCUGACGCAAUUGACGCUUCCUUCCUCGCCCUCACUCUUUAAAGUCCCCUCUUGCAAUAAUGUCCUAUACAGCUCUCUUCACUGGCAUCCUUGCCUUGACUUUCUCCACCCAGGCCCAUGGUGGUGUCGUCCAUGAUAAAAGUGUCAGUGUCGCCUACCUUGAGUCCCAGGGUUAUACUAUCAAACCUCUGGCUUUCACUGGUCCCCUUGUGCCUGGAGGUGACAAUGUUACUCUUACAGGUUCUGCUGAUCACAUUCUCACCCAGCUGAUGGAGCUUAACCCUACCUACAAUGCGGCCGCUAUCUACGGCUGGGACAAGACUAGUACUGAAACUGCCGGGAAUGUCAAUGGUAACGAGACUGAUGUCGAUUUUAAUAUUGAUCGCAUCAUCAAACGCGAACGCAUUGUCAACGACAUCCGCUGCACUGACCGCUUCCGCGGUGUCGGUCGAACCAGUGCAGUGAAGGAAGGAAUCGCCAAGCUCAAGAAACUAGGUGGUACCUGCUCUGCUGAACCGGAUACCUGCACGCGUAUGUUUUGCGGUGACGAGACGGGGAUUUAUCUGUGCAACAAUAGCGACAAAACAGUCAGCCGCUCCUGCCUAGAAAUAGCAGAGGACUACGCUGACGUUGUCCGUCUUGUCUGCACGGUCGAUCCGUACAGGACCUAUUUCAAUGGGCAGAUAUUUGAUACGGAGAAGUUCAAUGUCUUCCUCGGCGGUGCAGAGUGUCAUUGGUAGAUAGGUAUUUGUUUAUUAUUUUUCUCUUUUCCGGGCGAUGGGGAGGAUGAUGAUACCGUAUCCUUGGAAUGGGCUGAAGUGGAUUGAGACGGAGAUGAUGGCAUGUGGGAAACAAACUGGGUCUGGUCAAUUCUUUCAGUUGUUGCUGUAUUUUGUCCAUUGCUAGGAAGGUAAUAUGGAGGACACGACGGUUCGGGCAUCUUGUUCAGAGUCCAGGAUUAGGGCUAGCGGCUGUUGGCCACCAUUUGUCAUCAUGCUUGUUUAUGCUUCAGUUACGUGCUCAGUGGAUGAAUUCAUGACUUUAAGAUGCUAUUAUGGCCUUUUUUUUAUCACUCUUCUUUACCUCAAAGUCCUAAUUCA